AUGACUUUGAUUCUCGCAGAAACUUCGGCAGGUUACGCCCUGUUCAAGGCUAAGGACAAAAAGAUUUACAAGUCCGACAAGCUGAUAAAUGAGCUUAACACCCCUGAGAAGGUUGCUGAGCAAUUCAAAAUUAAGGCUUUCUCGAGAUACGACUCUGCUGCCUCUGCCCUUGAAGAAGUCAACUCCGUUAUUGAGGGUAAAGUCUCCGAGAAGCUUUCUCACCUUCUUAAAGAGGUUAACGACGACAAGAAAUCUCCUCUGAUUGUUGCCGAUGCUAAACUUGGUAAUGCCAUCAACAAGCUUCCUGGGCUUAACUUUGAGGUUGUUGCUGACUCUCACUCUCUCGAUCUCUACAGAGCUAUCCGCGAAAACCUUUCUACUCUUCUCCCCGGUCUUACCGACAAGGACUUGUCAACUAUGUCUCUCGGUCUUGCCCACUCGAUUGGUCGUCACAAACUUAAGUUUUCUCCCGAAAAGGUUGACACCAUGAUUGUUCAAGCUAUUGCUCUUCUUGACGAUCUUGACAAGGAGCUUAACACCUACGCUAUGAGAAUAAAGGAAUGGUACGGUUGGCAUUUCCCCGAAAUGGGCAAGAUUGUCCAGGACAAUAUUGCCUACGCCCGUGUCAUCAAGGCUAUCGGUUACAGAACUAACGCCAGAGAUGCUGACCUUUCCGAGGUCCUCCCCGAAGAUGUUGAAACUCACCUCAAGGAGGCUGCUGAAGUUUCCAUGGGUACCGAAAUUUCCGAGUUUGAUCUCAUCAACAUUCAGUCUCUUGCUGAUCAGGUUAUUGAAUUUUCUGAGUACAGAGAAAAACUUUUCAACUACCUGAAUGCCCGUAUGGCUGCCAUUGCUCCCAACCUUACUGCCCUUGUUGGUGAACUUGUUGGUGCUAGACUGAUUGCCCAUGCCGGUAACUUGAUUUCUCUUGCUAAGGCUCCUGCCUCCACUGUUCAAAUUCUUGGUGCUGAAAAGGCUCUUUUCCGUGCUCUUAAGACUAAGCAUGAUACUCCCAAGUACGGUAUCAUUUACCAUGCGUCGCUUGUUGGUCAGGCUACCGGUAAGAACAAGGGUAAAAUUGCACGCAUGCUUGCGGCUAAGACCUCGGUCAGUUUACGUUAUGACGCUCUUGCUGAAGAUCGCGAGGAUGUUGCUACCAUUGGCAUUGACGACAGAAUAAAGAUUGAGAAGCGAUUAGGUGCUCUUGAGGGCCGUGAUAUUCAGCUUACCACACGACCAUCGGUCAACGACAAGAAGCAGACCAAGAUUGGUUUCUCUGACAAUACCGGCUACAAUGCUGAUGCCGACUCGGUACCUAAGGAUAGCACAACCAAUGGCGCUGCCAAGGACUCUGAUGACAGCGAGACUGGCUCUGAUGAGGAGGUCGAAAAGAAGGAAGUCAAGAAGGAAAAGAAGGAAAAGAAGGAAAAGAAGGAAAAGAAAGAGAAGAAGGAUAAGAAGGAAAAGAAGGAUAAGAAGAGAAAGAGAGAAGAGGAGGAAGAAGAAGAAGAAAGUGAAAAGAAGAAGAAGAAGGACAAGAAAGAAAAGAAGGAAAAGAAGGACAAGAAGGAAAAGAAAGAAAAGAAGGAAAAGAAGGAAAAGAAGAAUAAGGACUAA